CGUAAAUGAACGGCUUUCCUGUUUGCCGUUCUCAAUUCGUCGCGAGUGUGCUAAUUUUGCUAGAACCUGCGCUUUGUUCUAAUUGUUAUUAUUUAUUAAUAUUAGUUAAUAAUUUUUUUAUUUAAGUCUCAAAAAAAUCGCGUUACUUACAUUUUUUAAAUAUUAUUGCAUAAAACGACUUGUGUGGUACUUUUGCGUUUAGACGGGAGCCAUCUUGCAAUCUCUAAUAAAAGGUCCUUGGCUCACAGUUUCGUUGUCCAGCUAAAAGUCAGUUUAUUGAAUUAUAACAUAAUCAAAUGGCGUUAAAACGAAUUAAUAGGGAAUUACAAGAUCUGGGCAGAGACCCACCGGCACAAUGUUCUGCAGGACCACACGGAGAAGAUCUAUUCCACUGGCAAGCCACAAUAAUGGGUCCAGUCGACAGUCCCUAUCAAGGUGGUGUCUUCUUUUUGACCAUACAUUUCCCUACAGACUAUCCAUUCAAACCACCCAAAGUUGCAUUCACAACACGUAUUUAUCAUCCUAAUAUAAACAGUAAUGGUUCUAUUUGUUUGGACAUUCUACGUGCACAGUGGUCUCCAGCUCUUACCAUAUCUAAAGUGCUGCUUUCAAUUUGCUCACUGCUAUGCGAUCCAAACCCAGACGACCCAUUGGUACCGGAAAUCGCUAGGAUCUAUAAAACCGACAGAGAAAAGUACAAUGAAUUAGCCCGAGAGUGGACACGGAAGUAUGCCAUGUGAUGAGUCAAAUGUGACACCUGUAAAACAUAAUAUACAAACACAUCGCCACAGCCCGGGCUAUCCCCCAUCCAUAAUAUGUUCCCUGUCCCAAUUUACUGAAUCCUUAUCAAUCAAAAUAAAAAAAAAAUGAGCAAAAAAUCAAUGUGAACUAAAUAAAUCUUUUGAUUUUAAUGUCUAAUUAAAAUGAAUAAGCAUGUAAGUAAACUCCAUAAAUGUGCAAAUAGUUUUGUUCAUCUAAAGUGUAAGUAAUGUUUUCUAUAAGAGAUAUUAAAAGAUUUGUGAAAACAUUGAUGUGUCGGUAGAUGUCUUAUCGCAUACACUCAUUUAGUUCAAGUAAAAUUAGUUAAAUUUAUGUUUGAAUUCAUGUAAUUGCUAAAGAAUUUGUACUUUAACUAGAUCUAAAUUUGAUUGUGAAAUGUACAAUAGCAUUCUGAAUGUGAGUUAGUCCUGGUCUUAUCAUUUAUGAAUUGUAUUCAAAGCUCAUCUUACACACAUGCUGGUUAAUGACAAUGAUGAGCUUGUUGGACAAUGUUAAGGUGUUAUUUUUUUUAUAAAUCUCUAUUAAGUUAGUAAAUGUAGUACAGCUGACAGACUGACGUUUAUGUAAGUGGUCAGUUUUCUUUCAUCCACAAUAUUAAGAAACGUUCCGGAUAGAUAACAUAAUGCAGUUUAAAUUACAGUGUAUCUCAUAAGAUAAUAAGUUAAAUUUAAUCUAGUUUUUUUUUAAUGGCGAUCUUUAUAUUAUAACUUUAUCUAAUAUAUAUUGUGGUUGUAAGGACACCAGCGUUAUGAUUUCCGCGAAGGUCCUCCCCGCAACCACCCUCCUUAUUUCCCAUCUGUUGUAUAUCAGUUUGGCAUUUUUUCUCAUUUCAUGGCACGAGUGGCAAUUAUGGUGUGUUCUAUUCAGCUGCAAGAUGAAGCUUUCGUUUAUUUGGUUAACACAGGGAGUGAGAAACUUUAAAGGCUUUUCAAACUGUAAUCGAUUGACAAGAUGUAUUUUAGCUUCACUAAAUUGUAAGAAACAAUAAAUUAUUGUGUAUGUAAAUAA